AUGAGUUAUAAUUUUAAUCCAAAUCAAGCUGCACAAGGUGCAACUUAUGCUGCACAAGGCGCAAAUUAUGCUGGACGAGCAAUGAAUGCAUUUCAAACAGCAGUCAAUAUCGAUGAUCAACAACCACAGGCUGAAGGAACAACAUUUUGGUUUCGAUGGUUUAUUCGAGCUACUGCUAUCGUCACUGGAAUUCUUGCAAUGCUUUGUGGAGUCUUUGGUGCACUCAGUAUAUCGCCUUUCUGUAUUAUUGCUGGUGUAAUGAUGAUUUUUCUGGGCUUCUCAUUAAUCAUGUUUGAAGUACCAGUUUGUUGUCAAUUCGUGCAAUAUACACAACCAGUGGCACAAUUUUCCGUACAACGUCCACCAUGGCAAAAAGCUGUACUUUAUUCAGUACCACCUCUUGUUCCACUUCUUUUAUGCCAAUCAAUAAGUAUCGUAUUUGGUUUUAUAUGCUUAUUGGUCAAUGGAGCUAUCCAAUUUAUGUUAGCUGUUGGCAAAAAAGCACCAUUAGAAGAAAUGCUUCAACGAGCAAAUGUUGGUGGUAUUAAUCGUGGUCCACCAGUACCUGAAGGUCCUCCUCUAAAUGCACCAGGUCCAGGUCUAGGUCAAGGUCCAGGUCUAUCAGGAGACAGAGGUUUUAACUUUACUCCAUUACAUUAA